GGUGGCUGGGCUCAGCAUUAUUCAGCUGGACGCCUUCACGCAAACCACAACGGGCCGCAAGACUGAGCACAUAGUGGGCAUAGUGCAGAGUCCAGAAGGGAACCACAUGCUGUUCAUCAAUGUGCUGUACCGCAAGGAAAGAUUAAAAGGGUUAUUUACCUGGCGUCCUCGUAUCAUCCAAUCUCAACCUCUGGACAUCACAGCAAUGCAAUCCAACACGCCUACCUUGCACUCACUGCAAGAUGAAGCUUUUCCUACCAAACUUUUUCCAGAUAAAACAAGAAAUUUGUGGGGCGCCACAUUGAACGUGGGUACGUUCAACUUUCCUCCAGCUGUGAUAUAUCGACGUGAGAACAACGGCAGUGAAGGUCACUGGUACGGUGACAACAUCUUUCUGGCGGAGGCCGUGGGGGAUGUUCUGAAUUUCUCUCUACGUUAUAGGAGGCCUCCCGCUGGCGAGUUCUGGGGGAAGCUGACAGUGAACGGGUCGUGGGACGGUCUGGUCGGCAUGUUGGCCCGUGGAGAAGCUGACAUCGUCCUUGCCAACCUUUUCGUCGCUAAUGUGAAAGGGCGGACGAAGUUCCAGGAGUACACUUUCCCACAUGGCCAAGUGGAAACUUGCUUUAUGGUAAAAAAGCCGUCACCAUUACCAAGAUGGCAAUCCGUGUCACUGCCUUACACCUUAGAAGUGUGGCUUGCUGUGAUGGGCGUGAUUCUCCUGGCCGGACCACUUCUGCACACCCUGGCAUACUCUUCAGUUUCCAGGGACGGGGAUAAACUGGCAUGCCGGUCACUACCGUAUCUCAGCCUGUACACACUGGCCAUGCACUUUAGAGUCUCGCAGACCGUUCUCCCGCUUCGCACCAGUCUGCAGGUGUUUGUGGUGUUUCUCUGGGUGCACAUUAUCAUCGUGACGGUAGCAUACAGCGCCAACCUGACGGCCUUCUUGACGGUUGAGCGCAUUCCCGAGGGAAUCACGUCACUGAAGCAGCUCUAUGAUUCCAAGCUUUUCGUCUAUGGCAUCGGUGGUCCCUUCUUUGCGGACAACAUGGCGGAGUCUGGUAACGAAUACGUAAGAGGUUUGGUAAGCCGCUUCGUCCCAAUGCCGAGCUCGGAGAUAAUCUACAGCCACUUGAUGAGAGGCCGCGGUGUACAUAUUGAUGCACUCAACCAUCUUUCCUAUGUCAAAUCACUGUACACUGACUCACGUGGUUUCUCUACCUUAAGAAUCAUCCAGGAAUGCUUCCAGCCUUACAGUGUGGCCAUGGGAGUCCAGAGUCAUUCACCACUUAAGAGAAAUUUCAACAUUGUGAUAAACUGGAUAUUCGAAGCCGGCCUCGUUAGUAGGUGGUUUGAAGAGACGCUCACUCUAGUGAAAAAGUAUAAGAGAGAAGACUCAGGUUCUCCAAGUGAAACAGAGAAGAGCGAGGUUGAGGAUUCUUCGGAAGAGACAAUCUCUCUCACUAUGGAACACCUGCAGGGCCUGUUUGUCAUCCUGUGCAUCGGCUUCGCUACUGCUGCUAUGUUCUUCAUUGUGGAAUUUUUUGCAAGAAAAAAAUAUAAUUGAA